AUGUCACAAAGUCGCAACAAAUCUAUAUAUAAUUAUAAACACAAUUAUUCACAAAAUAAAACAAUUAAAUGUAAAGCAAAAACAUACACAUUACCCGAGCAAUAUAAAAUACCCGAUGAUUAUAAAAUUAAAACUACUUGGGGAAAGCCAAAUAAAGAAAUUACAAUUAUCACUUCUAUUAAUUAUAUUAAUAAUAAACCAAUUUAUAAAAUUGAAUGUGUUGAUAAAAAAACUUAUAAAGAGGAAGAAGUUUACUCAGAUAAACCAUCAUCAAAUGCAGCAUUAUUAUUUUCAAAG